CCCCUACUUACCAAAUCGUGCAGUUCCCUUCAUUACCAACAUUAAUCGCUCUAUCUGAUCAAUCAUCACGAACAAGAAAACGAGUAGAUAAAGGUAAAAUCGAGUGCUAGCAAUGGAAACUCUUGGAAUUUCAUUAUCGACCAACCCAGAGACGAUGACGAAGCUCAACAUUGUCGGCCGGUGGCUUUUCCUGGGGAGACGGAGAUUGAAGCCAUUUCCAGCUGGCAGCGCGUUUUCCUCAGCCGUCAAACCUUGGCACGGCGGCGUUUCGAUGGUUCAAGGCGCCUCCAGAGGCAUCGGCCUUGAAUUUGCUACACAAUUGCUGGAGAAAAGGGACAAAGGGUAUGUUGUUGCAACGUGCCGUAAUCCUAAUGCGGCAACUGGGCUUCUCGAGUUGAAGAAGAAGUUUCCAGAACGUUUAGAUAUUCAUCAGCUGGAUCUCACUGUCGAUAGCACAAUGGAGGCUACAGCAAAGGCAGUCCAAGAUAAGUAUGGCUACCUAAACCUUCUCAUAAAUUCAUCAGGCAUUUUAUCGAUACCCAAUGUUCUGCAACCAGAAACCACAUUGAACAAAGUUCAGAGGGCUUCUUUACUUAAGACCUAUGAGGUCAAUGCUGUUGGACCAACUUUAGUUGUGAAGCAUAUGUGGCCCCUGCUGAAAACGGGAGGCUGUAUUGGGACCGAGAGAGAAUCUGCGAUUGUUGCGAGCAUAAGUGCCAGAGUAGGUUCGAUUGGAGAUAAUCAUCUCGGAGGUUGGCACUCGUAUAGGUCAUCUAAAUCUGGACUUAACCAGUUGAUGAAGACAAUAUCUGUGGAAUUUGCGCGCAAGAAAGACCCAAUCGUGUGCAUUCUUUUGCAUCCGGGCACAGUGGACACGGAUUUAUCGAGACCAUUCCAGAGGAAUGUUCCGGAAGGCAAACUCUUCACGAAAGAAUUUUCAGUCCAGAAGCUUCUUAGCAUCAUUGAUAAUGCAAAGAAAUCCGACAAUGGCAAGUUUUUUGCGUGGGAUGUGGUACUCCCAGGGAGUGGGCUAUUGGGAGAGAAGGGCGUUGAGCCGACUGUGAACGGAGUUCUUGGAGGGUACGAGAAUGUAAAUCGACCUGAUAUUGAGAGUAGUGAGGAAUUUUUGAAAUCCAUCUUGGAUGUAAUGGUUACUAGUGCUGGCAAUGGCAGGCGUCUUGUUGCUCUAGAUUGUGGUUCCGGGAUAGGGAGGAUCACCAAGAACCUUCUGAUAAGAUAUUUUAAUGAGGUUGACCUGCUUGAGCCCGUUUCACAUUUCCUAGAAACUGCUAGGAGCAAUUUAUCACCUGAAAAUUCGAUGUUCAUGGAUGAGCAUAAAGCUGUCAACUUUUUCAAUGUUCCACUUCAAGAAUUCACUCCUGAAGCACAAAGAUAUGAUAUUAUAUGGAUACAGUGGUGUAUCGGCCAUCUUUCAGAUGAUGACUUCAUCUCGUUUUUUGAGAGAGCAAAGGGAGGUCUCAAACCUGGUGGCCUUUUUAUUCUGAAGGAAAAUAUUGCGAGAAGUGGUUUUGUUUUGGAUAAACAAGACAAGAGUGUCACGAGAUCAGACUCGUACUUCAAGCGGCUCUUUCAAAAAUGCGGACUGCACGUCUAUAAAAUGAAGGAUCAAAAGGGAUUUCCCGAUGGACUAUUCGCUGUAAAGAUGUACGCAUUGACAACCGAAUUACCUAAGAUAGUGAUCAAAAGUUCAAAAACCAAGAAAUAUGCCAACAGACCUGCAAUUAUCAAAUGAAAUACAUAAUUGUUUCAUUUUCUUGGAUUAGUUUGGUUUUUGCUUGUAUUCUAGUUCUAGCAGGAUUGUUUCAUUUUCUUNGUUA